GGGGGAGAUGCAUCAAAUCAUGGAAACGUCAACCCGAACUGGAGGACACAACACAGUGUGAUACAACCACAAAACAGUUACAUUCUGGACUCGACUUGGACUCGCCCAUUAAGGACUCGGACUUGAGUCCAACUCGACGAAGGUGGACUCGGAGACAACACUAUAAGUAUAUUCGUUAAUAUUUAACAGUAAUGGAGAAAUGCCACCGAAUGUAGUGAAGUAAAAGUACAUUUCUGUGAUUAAAAUGAACGUAUUGCCAGUUAAACUUGUGCUUAAAGUAAUUUUUUUUUUUUUUUCAAAAAAGUUACUCAAGUAAAUGUAACGAUAGUAAAUGUAGCGCAUUACUACCCACAGAACUGUACAUAUCUCAAAUACUACGGAUUUUCUAUGUGAAGAAAACUAUGUUUUUAUGUUGCAAAGCAUUGGGUCUGCUGAUUAAAAGUGGGGUCACGGUUCAAAUAUAUGUAACAGACCAUAAAUAUGACUUCACAAUCUGCAGUUCUCUGCUUAGGAUAGUGUUACAUACGUAGAUUGCACAAGCCACAUCCUUUUUAGCUCAGUAUUUACAAAUGUGACUCUUAUCAGAUCAUACACAAGAGCCUGAGCGUGGUAAAGCCGCACGAUCCGCACAGUUCAUCAUUCUGUGGUUCACCUAAAAAUAAAAUGAGUGACUACGAUUACAACGAGACGUAUGAUUUCACCAACAUCAACAUCUCAUGUCUCGGAAACUGCACGCUCUUUGACAAAACUGACCAGUCUCUGAUUGGCUGGCGCCACUGGUUUUCUCUGAUCUGCUAUGCAAUCGUCUUCUUGGUGGGUGUCCCUGGCAACAGUCUGGUUGUCUGGGUGACGGCAUUCAAGAUGCCCUGUUCAGUUAAUGCCCAGUGGUUUCUGAACUUGGCCUUGACUGACCUGCUGUGCUGUUUAUCCCUGCCCCUGCUCAUGGUAGAACUGGCUCAAGAUAUGCAUUGGCCCUUUGGUAUGUUAGCCUGCAAACUACUGCAUAGCCUACUGUAUAUGUUCAUGUACUGCAGCGUGCUGAUAUUAACGGUCAUCAGUCUGGACCGCUGGGUCCUAGUGACUCGGCCUGCUUGGUGCCAGAACUGGAGGCAACCGAAUCUGACUCGCUGGGUCUGUUUGAGUGUCUGGGUGGUGGCACUUAUUGGCACAAUUCCCCAGUUCAUCCACAUGAACGUAGAGCAGCGUGGGACAAAGAUACAAUGUCGUGGCCAUUAUGUAAGCCUGUUUCAUGCCUGGGCCAUGGUAAUGACACGCUUCCUGCUUGGUUUUCUGCUGCCGUUCCUGAUAAUCUCUUACAGCCACUGGAUAGUGUACCAGAGGGCACACCGAAGGUCAUCCCAGAGGCAAAACGAGAGGUCAGCACGGACCUUGCGUAUCAUCCUAGCUGUAGUGAUCACUUUCUUGCUGUGCUGGAUUCCCUUGCAUAUCAUGGAGAUUACUAUGGUGGUCUUUGAAAAGGCAGUGGAUCAAAGAAGGGUAAACCUUCACCUGGCUUAUAUAUUAGCUCUCUGCCUGGCCUACUUCAACAGCUGCCUGAACCCACUGCUCUAUGUUUGCCUGGGCCGUGGCUUUAAGGAGAGCUUGACCAAGACACUGAAGAGUGUACUCAACUUUGCUUCUGAAGAGCCGGGUCGAGGAGUCAGCAUGACAAUGAACACCAAGAGCACCACUGACACAAACUACUGAGAGAACACAGGUCUUAAUCUAGACAAGUUUCUAGUAGCUACUGUACUAGAAAAACAUCGGUCUACUCCACACACACACACACACACACACACAAAGAUUUUAUUUAUAUCUAAAAAAUACCAAAAACAAUCACGACCCCGACUUUGUUUGAAAUGUUUCAGCCGUGCAAUCUACAGUAACAUUGAACUGAACUACAUUCGAGUGUGCCACAUCGACGACAGUAACUGUUUCAGCAUGUUUAUAAUUUUAUAUUGGUUGGCUGUUUCCAUUGGCUUGAGUGCUACUAUAAGUAAUGUCCAGUAAAUUUAUAAUAUUAUGAGACCAUUUUGUCUUCAUAAAGAAAUGAAGAAAAAAAAACAAAAAAAACAAGGCCGAAUUAUUGUGUCGAUAAUGUAUAUAUGCCUAAUUUAGCUCACAUAGUUGCCUAAUAUACUGUACCUAAUAACCCCUUAACGUCAUCGCGUUAUAUUCAGUCUUUCAGCUUAAAGUAUAUUACUCAGUGACUAGUAUGAUUUAUUCAGCUACACACAUUCAGCAGCAGUUAGAAGGUUCAGGGAUGUAUGUCUAAGGGCUUAAUCUAACCUUAACCUUAACCACUCCUUCUCCUCUCAGACCGGUUCGAGCUGGAUUUCUUAACUGCUUAUGAAAUCCAGGAGAAAUAAAAGAUCACUUAACGACACAGCACACAGGAUGUUGAGAAAACACUGAGUGUCACAAACUUUGCUUGGAUCCCUGACCACCGCUAAACAAAAACAUACUCUAAGUUUUCUAAAUAUACAUGUAAAAAUCUAAAUUAAUCAAAGCUUCCAGCACACGAAGUGACAUUUCUUAACAAGUAUAGGAUGUAAUAUUAUAAUUAGUACUACUGAUUAUGACGUUCAGUAAUAGAUU